UGUAUGAGUAGAGGAAAGCUUAAGGUUCUUAAGUAACACAGUUGCUCCAGAACAGGUUUGGGGAAGGAUUCUGUUGCAUAAGUGCAACCUGAGGUUCCCUCUUGCCGGCAGCUCCUUUUGUUGCAGUGGAAUGUCACCCUGAUCCCUUCCCAUUGGCCAGGGGUGUUUGUCCAGAUGUUAGGCUGUUCCAUAAAAGAUAGAGAUCCCUGGGCACGGUGCGCAUUUGGGAAGUGCUGCAGCAAAGAAAAAUGACACAAAGUGUUUAUUUGAUCAUCUUAUUUUUGUGUCUUGGAUUAAUGAAUCCAUUUGCAACUGGAAUUUUUAUGGACAAGCUUGCCAGCAAGAAGCUGUGUGCUGAUGACGACUGUCUCUACACCAUUUCCCUUGUCAGAGCAGAAGAGGAUUAUAAAGCUCCAGACUGCAGAUUCAUUAAUAUUAAAAAAGGGCAGUUGAUUUAUGUUUACUCAAAACUAGUGAAAGAAAAAGAAUCUGGAGAAUUCUGGGCUGGAAGUGUUUAUGGAGAAGAGUAUGAAGACCAUAUGGGGACAGUUGGCUACUUCCCUCGCAGUUUAGUCUCAGAACAACAUGUCUAUCAAGAAGCAAAUAAGACCGUUCCUACAACGGACAUUGAUUUCUUCUGUGAGUAGUGCUGAAGAUGGCUGGGUAAUCUCCAGGGUGCUAUCAAGAAAUGCUGACAAAGAAACUUGGAACCCUCCACCGAACACCAGCUUUUUUUUUUUUUUUUUAAAUACCUAAUUGUAAAAUAAGUCAUCUUUCAAGUGCAGAAGUUGAUUUAAAGGCAGUAAUUUGGGGUGGGGAAAGUAGUCUUAUAUGGGAUUUAUUCGUUAGAAAUUAUUUACCUGCAUAUACCUGUGAAUGCCUUUAUAAGCCUUUGCAUUACUUUGAGUAGUGCAGAUUACAUGUAGAAUUAAAUGUGCCAUCUUGAU